GACGUCACGAUGACGCAAGCGGAAGUAUCUCCGUUUGUUGUCGACUGCGUGAACGUUAGUCUGUGAAAUGUAACAAGUUAUUGCUCUGUAUUCUCUACUGGUGGAUUCAGAGAUAAAUAAUCAUGGCAUCAGCGGAUGAUCUGCAUGAUUUUCCAGAAUUUGAUGCUGAGAACCUCAACCUGCUGGCAGCCAGUAGUAGGGAAGCCACAGCUAUCAGUAUUGAGAAUCCCAACAACAAACCCAAAAAACAGAGGCGAGUUACUGGGGCAACGCAGAAAGAGGAUGACGAUGACCUUCUGGGGAAUGGAGACUCAGACAAAACAGAGCUGCUGGUUGGUCAGAAGAAAAGUGCCCCUUUUUGGACUUUUGAAUAUUAUCAAACGUUUUUUGAUGUAGACACAAAUCAGGUACUGGAUAGAAUUAAGGGGUCAAUUGUACCAUGGCCUGGAAAAAACUUUGUUCGACUUUACAUCCGGAGCAACCCAGAUCUUUAUGGACCAUUCUGGAUUUGUGCCACACUGGUGUUUGCCAUUGCCAUAAGUGGAAAUAUCUCAAAAUUUCUUGCCCACUUUGGCAAACCUUCCAAACACUAUGUGCCUGAGUUCCACAAAGUAACUAUAGCUGCUACAGCUAUCUAUAGCUAUGCUUGGCUUGUUCCACUUGCACUGUGGGGGUUCCUCCUGUGGCGGAAUACUAAGGUCAUGAACAUUGUGUCGUAUUCCUUUCUGGAGAUUGUUUGUGUUUACGGCUAUUCCCUUUUCGUGUAUAUCCCUGCUGCGGUUUUGUGGAUUAUUCCCAAUGAGCCAGUGCGAUGGAUCUCCAUUGUAGUUGCCAUGUGUCUCUCUGGAUCUGUCCUUGUGUUAACAUUUUGGCCUGCUGUUCGAGAUGACCACCACAGAAUUGCCAUUGCAACCAUGUCAACUAUUGUUGCUUUUCACGUACUGCUUGCAGUUGGUUGUAAGGAGUAUUUCUUUGAUGCACAAGACACCACACAGACACCUGAAACUGUAGCCUCCUUGACAGGGAAUAAAACCUUGCCAACAGCAAAGGCUUCUUGAGGUUCUCCUGUUACCUUAUUAGAAGGAGUCAGAUGGAAGUGCUGAUGAAGACAAUGGGUCUUUAGAAGUUACCACAGCAAGACUGGUUUAACAAACCGUGAACCAUUGAGUUCUGCUCUCUGAUUCAGGAAGGGAAGAUUGUUAACAUGUACAUUUUAUCCACUAAUAUGAUUUUAAACUGCCUUAAUGAAAUAUAAUAAACUAUAUUACAUAGGGUGUCAAAUAAAAUGUGACGGUAAUGUAUUCUACAAAAAAGAAAAUCCAUGUUAUUAAAACUGGAUGAACUCAGAAUAGACCCUUUCCUUUGCUACUUUCUUAUGUUACAUUUCACUAUUCCUAUCAUUUACUUUCACAGAGGCUUUGAUUGAUAUAUUUAUUUUAUACUCUCAAUAUUAUUUAAUUAAAAUUAAACUUUGAGGUUUACUAGCUGCUCUCACAGUCUGCUACAGGUUUUUUUUAAUUAUGUGGGUCUAUUUUUAUAUCCGAAAAAAUCAGUUUCCCUAAUGGGAGUUUAAAAGUUACUUCUGUUUCAGAGCAAGU